AUGCCCAACUCCCCGAAAGCACUAUUGGGGAGAGAUUUAUUGGAACAAUUGGGUGCAACAAUUAAAUUUGAAAAAGGAGAGAUUACUCUGGAGGUAAAUGAUCAGCAGUAUAUCCAAAUACUGAGUUUAUCCUUAGCAAGUGUUCCUACAGAAGGAAGAAUCAGCGAAGAAAUUAUGUACCAGGUAUAUCCCGGGGUAUGGGCCACCAAUGUACCAGGGAAAGCAAAAAAUGCUCCACCUGUUGAGGUCAAACUUAAGGAAGGACGACAGCCGAUAAGAAUCAAACACUAUCCCUUGGGGAAGAAAGAUAGGGAAGGGAUUCGACCGUUAAUAGAAAAAUUUUUACUACUGGGGUUACUAAGGGAAUGUGAGUCCAAUUUUAAUACUCCCAUAUUACCUGUCUGUAAAUCUGAUGGGUCAUACCGGGUGGUCCAGGACCUCCGGGCUAUAAAUAAAAUAACUGAAGACAUUUACCCGGUAGCAGUAAAUCCAUACACCUUGUUGACUGUAUUGACACCUGAUCUAACCUGGUUUACUGUUUUAGACCUGAAGGAUGCCUUCUUUUGCCUCCCUCUCCGUAAAGCCAGCCAGAAAAUAUUUGCAUUUGAAUGGGAAAGCCCUAAAAGCGGGCAUAAAACCCAGCUCACUUGGAUGGUAUUACCACAGGGGUUCAAAAACAGCCCUACCAUAUUUGGUAAUCAACUCGCAAAGGAUCUCGAAUCCUGGGAAGCCCCACUUGGGGAAGGGAAGCUGUUACAAUAUGUGGACGAUAUCCUGAUUGCCACCAAGACAAAGGACGCUUGUAUGACUUGGACGGUGAGUCUGUUGAAUUUUUGGGGGUUCCAGGGAUACCGGGUAUCCAAAAAGAAGGCUCAAGUGAUGCAGCACGAAGUGAUUUAUCUAAGUUAUGAAAUCAGUGCGGGACAAAGGACUUUAGGACAGGCCCGGAAAGAAGCAAUAUGCCAAACUCUGAGACCACAAACAGUAAAAGAGUUACAAACAUUCCUGGGAAUGACUGGGUGGUGCCGACUAUGGAUCUAUAACUAUGGGUUGCUUGUUAAACCUCUAUAUGCACUAACAAACACCGAACAGAAACACCUCAAAUGGGAUAAGGAAACCACACAAGCCUUCGAGAUGCUAAAAAAGGCCUUGAUGUCGGCCCCAGCCCUAGGACUCCCAGAUGUGAGUAAGCCGUUUUUCCUUUUUUCCCAUGAGAAGAAGGGGAUUGCCCUAGGAAUAUUGGCACAAGAUCUCGGCCCGUACUGAUGAGCAGUUGCCUACUUUUCCAAGCAGCUGGAUGCAACUGCAAAAGGUUGGCCUGGAUGUUUGCGAGCAGUUGCAGCUGUAGUGCUAAACAUCCAGGAAGCUCGAAAAUUCACCCUGGGCCAGAAAAUGACUGUGUUGGUGUCCCAUACAGUAUCUGCAGAAUUGGAAGCAAAAGGUGGACACUGGCUUUCCCCACAAAGGUUCUUGAGAUAUCAGGUUAUAAUGGUAGAACAGGAUGAUGUGGAAAUAGUAGUCACUAACAUUGUCAAUCCAGCCUCUUUCCUCAGCGGAAACCUAGGAGAACCAGUGCAUCAUGACUGUCUGGAAACCAUCAAGGCAACAUAUUCGAGUCAUUCGGACCUGAGAGACAGCCCUAUGGAGAAUACGGAAAACUGGUUCACUGAUGGAAGCAGCUAUGUCCUAAGCACUAAAAGGCACGCUGGAUAUGCCGUCACUACCAGUUGGGAAGUGAUAGAGUCAGGACCUUUGCCCAUAAACACCUCGGCACAAAAGGCAGAAAUAAUUGCACUGACCUGCGCCUUGGAAUUGGCCCGAGGCAAAGUUAUGAAUAUCUAUACCGAUUCGAGAUAUGCUUUUGGGGUUGUACAUGCACAUGGAGCAAUCUGGAAAGAGAGAGGAUUAUUGAACUCACAAGGAAAAAAUAUCAAGCAUGCAGAGGAGAUCCUGAAACUAUUGGAGGCAGUCCAGCUCCCUGAGAAACUGGCGAUUAUGCACAUUAAGGCACACCAGAAAGUGAACUCAAAGUUGGAAAGAGGAAAUGAGCCGGUGGACAGAGAGGCAAAACAGGUAGCCAAGGUAAAGACUAAUCCCAAGAGCACCCCCAAACUGGAAAUGGGCCAAAUUGGGAAGGGCAAUGGGCCUGGGCAACAAUGGCAGAUUGAUUUUACAGAAUUUCCAAGAAAAGAGGGGUAUCGAUAUUUAUUAGUAUUAACUGAUACCUUUUCAGGUUGGCCAGAGGCAUUCCCCACCAGGACAGCCAAGGCUCAGAAGGUAGUUAGGAUAUUAUUACAAGAGAUAAUACCGCGUUUUGGGGUUCCAGCAACCAUGUAUUCUGAUAGAGGACCACACUUUAUCUCAAAAGUGGUACAGGAAAUCAGCUGCCAUUUGGGCAUAGACUGGCAACUUCAUGCUCCAUAUCACCCUCAGUUGAGUGGCCAAGUAGAAAAAAUGAACCACUUAAUUAAACAGCAGAUUGUGAGGUUGGGGCAAGAAACUAGCUUGACCUGGCCUCAGUCCCUUCCCUUGGCUCUCUUGCGCAUACGAACUAAGCCAAGAGCAAAGGAAGGACUAAGCCCUUUUGAGAUCUUGUAUGGACAACCUUACGGAAUGCAGAAAGGAAUGUACACACAGGUUGGGGAUGAAAUCAUGACCUCUUAUAUGGUGACAUUAGGCAAAGAACUUGGUAAAAUUGAGAAACGUGGCUGGGACUCGAAGUAG